AUGACAACCUCGUCGUCUCCCAGUCUUAUCGAGGAAGGGCGCAUCUAUUUCCUCUACAGGCCCCGCGUGGCAGUGGAGGAGGCACACAGCCUGCAGGAUGUGCAGCGCUUCUUCAUCAUCAUGAGCCCAACCUCGCGCAAAGGCGCUCCCCACCGCCUGCUUGUCAUCGGCAAGAAGCGGCUGCCAGACCCGCGACGCCAUGAGAGAUUCUUUGGCUUUGUGCUGGCCACAGCUCCCAAGGUGGAGGAUCUGACCAGGGACCUGGGCCCCAAGGACUACACAACCUCUACCAGAGGCUCGCGCUCUGUCGAAGCCGCCAGGGCCCUGGGAGAAGGUGUGUACAGCAUUGUGGACCAUGGCAGGCACACCCACCUGGCCUAUGAGCUGGAAGUGCCUGAGGAGCCGGGCGAGGUGCAGAAGCAGUUCUGCAUCCUCAAGGAGGGCAACUAUAUCAUCCAGAUCAAGAACCCGGAGGCACCCAGCCCGCCACCGGUGCGUGGCGCCCCAAAGCCGCAGUACUCAGAGGAGAAGAAGGAAACGUUCAGGGGAUAUGCGUGGAUCCCUGCCAGGGACCCCUCCUUACUGGACCAGAGGGGCUGCCAGAUCCUGCUCAUCGGCGCGCGGCCCGAAAUUGCAAGUGAUCUGGGCCAGAAGUUGCGCCAGCACUUGGAGGAGAUUGUUGAGGAGGACCUGAGGGCAGCAGAGCACAUGCCUGGCAGCGACGAGGAUGAGAAGCUGGCAGCAAAGCUGCUGGAAGACCUGCAUGCCGAGGGGCACACCCUCACGAUUGACCCUGCGGUCAGCGGGCACUGGAAGUGA